CGUCAUUGGAGGUGCCUGCUAAGUCAAAACUCAUUUCCAGUACUAGGAGUAUUUUUCCCCCUCUGUCCGAUAUUUGUUGCCUUGUGAUUUGACUUUGUUUAUUCUGCGGACUCUCUGCAUUUUUCCGUGUGGCUGAAAACUGCUCUUGUUUCUGCCUGCAAUUUUUUGUUGUUGAAAAAGGCAGGCUUUCACCCAAAGUUUACGGAUGAUUGCUGCUCGUGGCUCAAUCGGGAGUGGACUGGGACGUUCUUGAAUGAGUUGCAGGAAUAUUGUGCUGAAGCUUUAGCAAAGGACUUCCUACAUAUCCAGGCCAUUGAACAGAUCAGAGGCACAGCCUUUGACGUGAAAUUCAUGGUACAUCAUGGUGACUGCUCGAAGAGUACUAGCAUUAUUUAGCAUAUCAUUAGGUGUGUGUUUAUCGACUACAAUCAUAGAAGGUCCAAAAGAUGCCUUUGCUUUGGUUCACUCUAAUGCCGCAUUCAACUGCACAGUAUCAUUGCCUUGGAACAUUAUCAUCUGGAUGAUAGAGGGCAAACCCAUCCUUACCAUUGUAAUAGGAGGACCAAUUAUUACAAAUCCCCAGUUUGAAAAUCAGAACUACACAACUAGGAGCACAUUUACUUCCGAACUCAUCAUCUCAAGGGUAACCAUGCAAAACAAUAUGACAGUACAGUGCAACAUUCAAACCGAAGAAAUUCGACAGGCAUUUCUGUUUGUACAAGUUGAUGGCCAGCUAUCUUUUGCGACGGAGAUUUCAUCUAUUGAGCAAAACCGUGUCUUCAACAUUGUCUGUAAGGCAGAAGGCUGGAAUCCUGCACCAGCUAUCCUAUGGAAAAAAAACAACACAAACAUUGAUUCAAAAAUGUACUCCACCACUGUCCAGCAGUCUUCAGAAAAUCGCUACAAUACCUUCAGCACUUUAAACCUUACCCUUAGUGUCAGCUCUAAGAUUACGUGCCUGGCCAACAUUAAAGCUCUUCCUCAGCCUAGAACUACUGCGCUAUUCAUCACAGUGAAGCCAACUGCUGACAGGAAUCAGUCCUGGCUAAUUAUUGCCAUUGUGGUGCCCAUUGCUGUGGCCAUCCUGCUUAUAAUACUCAUCAUUGUGAUUGUUAUCUGCCUAAGACGAAGAAAACCCUAUGAAACUCGCUAUCAGAAUGAGUUAAGGAAAAGGUCAUCAAAGACUCCACAAGAGAUGUCCACAAAUGGUAAAGAAAUAUACGGUGUGGAUAACACUGGAAUGUCCAUUGGAAGUGAAAAUGAUUAUCGAUUUUCUCCAAGUUUAACUUCACCUUACUGGAUUGAUAUGAGGUCUAGAGAAAUGAACAGAAACGUUUUAGAGACCCCUCCAGCUCCAGCUGAUAAUUACGGAGUCCAGGAGAGAACACAAAGUCAACCGAUGAACGUUCCCGGUAACCCACGGAAAAUAAGACACAUGACUACCGUAUGAUGGAUUGUGCCAGAGAGGGAUUUUUGUAUUUCAUGUUUUUAUUUAGGAUUUUUAUUUUUGUUUUGUCAAUAGUAAUCUAAUUUGCACUGGAAGUAUUUCGAAUCUGAAUAUUUCCUGGUCACUCACUCGCUGGGUUGAAACGAUGGAUUCCCAGCCAGAGCAGAAUAAAACUGACGCUCUGCACCGCAGCUGUUUGACAGAAACAAAAACUAAACUCAGGGAUAGUGAUUUAUUUUCUCUCCCACAAAGCGGUUUCUCGAAUGAAGGACAAAACCCGCUUCUAUAUCGCUUGUGUUAUUUGGAGUGUAAUUUAUUUAAAUUGUUCGUUAAUCACAGUGCCCUGCUGCUGAAGAAAAGGGAUUUAAAUUGACCUUGCACUUUCACUUGCAGAAUCAAUUCCAUGGUCCACUUGCACUGUCAGACUGUCAGCCAGCACUGUCCUCCAGUAGGAGGAAUGUCAUCUCUGCCUUAAAGCUUAACUCUCUUGUUACUGCCUCCACAUCCACUCCUGAUCGGGUUGGCUGCCUCCCUACUCUUAUUACCCUGACACUAACAUUCAAACUCUUUGAGAGACACAAAAAGCUGGAGUAACUCAGCGGGUCAGGCACCAACUCUGGAGACAAGGAAUGGGUGACGUUUCAGGUCGAGAGCUUUCUUCAGAUCCAAAGACAAUGCCACCUACUCUUUUUCUCCAGAGGUGCUGCUUGACCCGCUGAGCUAUUUCGGCUUUAUGUGUGUCUUAUCUUUGGUUCUUUCCUGCACAUUCAAACUCAAAUUCUUUGAUCUAUUUAUCACCCUGACAACAGGGCCGUACGGUGGCACAGUGGUAGAGCUGCGACCUCACAGCGCCAAAGAUCUGGGUUCGAUCCUAACCUCGGAUGCUGCCUGUGUGGAGUUUGCAUGUUCUCCCUGUGACCGUGUGGGUUUCUCCAGGUGCUUUGGUUUCCUCCCACACUUCAAAGAGGUGGGGGUUUGUGGGUGAAUUGGCCCAAUAAAUUUAGUUUAGUUUAUGAAUUUAGAUUAUUAUUGUCACGUGUACAGUAUAACGUUUUUUUGUUAUUUACUAUUCAGUCAGCGAAAAGAUUCUACAUGAUUACAAUCAUGCUGUUCACAGUGUACAGAUACAGGAUAAAGGGCAUCAUGUUUAGUGCAAGAUAAAUUAAUUGCCCCUGGUAUAUAGGGAAUAGAUGAGAAAGUGGGAUAAGAUAAAAACUGGAGUGAACAGAUGGCCGUCAUGGACCAGAUGGGCCGAAAGGCCUGUUUCCAUGCUAUAUCUCUAAACUAACCUCGCUUUAGCUGCACCUAUUUAUUUGCCUUUCCCGUCUACAGAGAUAACCUGUUGCAGGAGCCACUUCUCUAUAAGUGCCGCCCCAUCUCCCCACACCCCACAGUAGGUUUGCAAACUGUGGAACCAGAUUCCAUUUAUAUAAUGCCUUUCACUAGCUCUGUGCAUCAGCCUGUGAAGAACCUUUUGAAAUACGGUCACUCAUAAUUUUGGAGGUGCAGCCAUUGUAAUCUCCUAAUCUGUCAGUCUCCUAAUCUGAGGAAAGACAUUCUUGCCAUAGAGGUAGUACAGAGGAGGUUCACCAGACUGAUUCCUGGGAUGUCAGGACUUUCAUAUGAGG